AUGCGCGCCGCACAAGCUCUCAAGGCCAAAAGCAAGGCCAAGGAAAGGGCCGGUGCUCUAAAUCUCAGCAUCCAAACCGAUUUUCGCAUCGAAGACGCCGCGUCAUCAAUCUCGGGCGGAAUGGACUUCACCCAGGUAGCUUCUGCUCCACCUCGGAAAGUACAAUUUGAUAUCACGAGCGAAAGGCCUCCCGCUCCAAAAGCAAGCGAGGCUAUGAUGAACUCUGACUGGCGAAAUAAUCGUCGCAACGGAAAUGGUGUUCCUCUUGCGGCCCCAGUUACCGCAGGCCUGGAGAAGACCGAAUUCCAAAUGACCGGAAGGAAGAAUUUAAAAAAGCUCACUAUUGACACCUCCCUUUCUAAUGGGACGGGUGUUCGCCGGUACCGGGAUACUCCUAUUGACCCGGAUUUCAUACAUUCUGCUCCAAUAACCAAGAAAGACUAUGAGACGGUGAAUGACGAGACUGAACCCGAUAGCUCGGAUAACGCCCAAUAUUCCAGCACCGACACAACUCUUCCUCUCGAUUCACCUGAUACCAAAAUGUCCAUAGUUCGGCUUGAAUCUCCAAUGCCAUUCAUGAGCGAAGGCUUCCGACAGUUCACUGAGAUGCGUGACUAUUUUCUAGAAGAAGAUAGAAAAUUCGAAAGCGGUGAUGAAGCAUAUGAUGACAAGUGCGGUCCAAAAGACAUGACACUAAGAGCAGUCCCUAUCGUUUCCCCAUACCAGAAAAAUAAGGACGAACCUAUCUUCCCAGUGGCCACCGUAAAGGCUAUUAAACAUUCCAAGAGAUUUACCAAUGUUGGAUGGGCCAGCAUUGAUAAAGACCUCGAGAAUGGAUGGGCUAAGAUUCAAGGCCCACGUACGGCUGGCCUCCCAAUAAAGCAGCUUAGAGAAGACUACGAAUCCAAGUUCCCAUCUCAGGCUGAGGUUGAGAAGGACCAGGCCCGUUUCGACGCUCUCAUUAGCAAGCUCCAGAAAGCCUCUGCAGGCCGCCUCAAUGGGCAAUCAGGAAUUGAUGUCAGAUCUUCGAAUUCUUCUCAGGAGCUGGAAAGUGCGCAUCGAAGCGAAUCGGGCUCACACGAUUCUGGAAUUAGCGGUGUUGAUGUGAAGACCUCACAGAGACGAGGUACUACAUUGAACCCGAAAGCGUCUGAAUUCCAGAUUUCCUCUGGUAUCAGCACCAUAUGCCUGCCAGAUAUGCGCAACUACUCGCUAGAUUAUAAUCACCAGCCCCCUUUGAAAAAGAAUGGCUAUAGAAUCACAUCCUCAAUGGAAAAUGGCUCAAGUAAGACUCGCUCUGUGACUGCAGAAGACAUAGAAAGGAUUUACGCAUGCAUGAAUGAUCUGAAAGCGCAAAUGACACGCAUUGAAGCUGGCACUCGGCAACGGUCGAGUAUGAUAGAAGCGAGCCCUAUGGUUCAAUUCAACCAGAUUCAAAACUUGGCCAGUCAACUUGGCUUGAACCCCGUCUCACAAGGGUCGUGUCAAGAACUUCAGAACUUCCUUGGCCCUAGACCCGGGCCUGGUACGUGGACAGGGGUUCAACAGAUGCCCAAUAUUCAGCAAUGCAACAAUGACAACGCUGCAUUCAUGCCUCCUUCACGGCUGCAGGGCACACAAGCACCCCGACUCCAGAUGGCACCUUCUCCAAUGUCAUAUGGCCCAGGACCCGGUGCGCCUGUCGUGGGAGGGCAGGGUCUCACAGGCCCCGGAAAUCCUGGUCAUAUACCACUUCAUGCUCAAGCCCAGAUGGUGUAUGGCCCUAGACCCGUGAGAAAACCCAAAGGACCUCAGCACCCUGGUGAUCCCAGCUUCACCCAGCAACAACAGAGUUAUGAAGAAUACUUGGAGAAUAAACGAGCUACAGAUCGUGCGUAUGCUCUUCAAUGUCGCGACCGCCAGGCGAGACGUUUCCAUAGACAGAGAGUUCAGGGGUCAACGGUGUCCCAACUGGCAGUAUCGUCCAGCGGGGUCACAGCCCCUCACAUGAUGCCCAUUGCUCGCGCAACUACCAAUGGCGCGUCUCAGGUGUUAUAA